ACAUCGUCGUUCCUUUUGAUCCACAACAAACACACUUCAGAUAUCAGAACAUGCAAAUGCUAAGGCAAAAAUGGAGACAAAAAAACUCAACACUGCAACUAAUCUAUUCUAAUACAUCAGUUCUCAGGUUACAGAGACAAAACUAUCAAUCAUUGCGUGACAUAGCACUCUCCUUCACAAACCCAAUGUGAAAUGUCUUCACACUGAAAACUAAAUGAUAAAAAGGGUUUUGGGUUUUAAUCAAAGCAAGUGAAGAAGAAGAUGCCAGAGAAUUGGACUUUUAUUUGGGCUUUAGAUUCGGCCCAUUAUAGGCGAUAUUAAUAUCUUUUGAAAGCUUAGCUAAUUUAGUUAAGACAAAGUUAUGCCAUUAACUAAUUUUAGAUAAUUACCAAAACUGCUUGUGACUCUUAUUCUAACGUAACAAAAUAAUCCUCCCAACAAAACCUCCUCGUACUCAGACAGAAUAUGACAAUGAUGAUGAUCAUCAUUCAAAAGCAUUGAAAAGAAAGAAAAAAAAAUCACAAAAAUAAUAAUUGUACAUAUAUAUUUUUUUUUUCAAAGAAGAGUAAAAAAUGAAUGAUUUAUUCUCAAAUUCUUUUAAGAGGAACCAAGCUCAGUUCGGGGAUGUUGAAGCAGGUCAAGAAACGAUGAACCUCGACAAAUUCUUUGAGGACGUCGAGAAUGUGAAAGAUGACAUGAAAGGAGUCGAGACUUUUUACAAGAAGCUUCAGGACUCGAACGAAGAGUGCAAGACGGUGCACAAUGCCAAGAAGGUCAAGGAGCUACGAGCUAAGAUGGACGCUGACGUAGGUCAGGUCCUUAAGAGAGUCAAAAUCAUUAAGCAGAAGCUAGAAGCCUUAGAGAAAGCCAACGCUAAUAGCCGUAAUGUCCCGGGUUGUGGACCCGGUUCAUCUACGGAUAGGACUCGGUCCUCGGUGGUUAGUGGUCUUGGGAAGAAGCUCAAGGACUUGAUGGAUAGUUUCCAAAGCCUACGUGCACGGAUGAAUGAUGAGUAUAAAGAAACCGUAGAGCGCAGGUAUUUCACAAUAACAGGAGAACAAGCAGACGAGCAAACAAUAGAUAACUUGAUUGCAAGCGGUGAGAGUGAAAACUUUCUCCAAAAAGCGAUUCAAGAGCAAGGAAGAGGUCAAAUCAUGGACACUAUAUCUGAGAUCCAAGAAAGACAUGAUGCAGUGAAGGAGAUUGAGAAGAAUCUACUUGAGUUGCACCAAGUUUUCUUGGACAUGGCGGCUCUAGUGGAAGCGCAAGGGCAACAACUGAACAAUAUAGAGAGUCAUGUGGCUAAGGCGAGCUCGUUUGUAAGAAGAGGGACUGAUCAACUCCAAGACGCGAGGGAGUACCAAAAGAGCUCGAGAAAAUGGACUUGUUACGCUAUUAUUCUCUUCAUCGUUGUGUUUAUCCUCCUCCUUAUUCCUGCUCUUCCCCAUAUUAUGCUCAUGUUGAAAUGAAAUUUCUAGAGUAUAUGAUUUUGUAGAAAAAGUUUUGAAACACUGGAUCGUUAUUACGUGUAUUACUUUUAUGACAUCCUGAAUUUUUCUAUAUAUUAUCUCCAUCUUUAGUUA